AUGCAGUACCUGUGGGAGAGCGGCGGGCCGGAGUACCUCGCCGGCGUGGGCCGCAUCCUCGCCGAGCCGCGGUUCGCGGCCGCAGCAGGGCGGGGGCCGUCGCUGCUCGUGUUCGAGGACGCUUGGCCCAUGGACGAGUCGGCGUGGGCCGUGCUAGCGUCGUCCCCGACCCCGCUCGGCGACGGGAGGAAGCUCCUGCUCAUGUGCCGCGACGUCGACCUCGCCCGGCUCUCAGAUGGCGGACCCAUGGGCGGUUCAGUCAUGGCCGGCAACAGAAUCGCGGCGGCGGUGUGUGGCGGCUAG